CGCCGCGCGGCGCACGGCACGUACGAAACGCGUCUCUCGCCCACAAUACAAAGAACAUCCAAGUAUUGUAAAAAUCCGUCAUGUAUUGAUUAAUUCUGACAAUAUACUUACACAAAAAGUGUUCCCGCGGCAACUAGCAUCCAAAAUAACUAAUUUGUACCGGAAAAAGUGAACAAUCCGACGCGUUAAAACUCAAGCCACGUCUCGGAAUUCCACAUUUAUCGACGAAUAGAAUCUAACGUGAAACGAAACAUGGAGGACCCAUCGGUUGAGUGACGAAAAUUGAACUGUUUAAUAGUGUUUUCUGUGUGAAUUGUGUGUGUUAAACUAUGUUGGAACGGCCACAGUGGAUUUUAUAACUGGAAUAUGGAUUGGUGUGAGUGCGUACCCAGCAGGGUUUAGACGCCGAUUGUCCAACGCGAGUUCGAUCGGAUUAUGCGAGUUGGCUGAAGACAGAAUGGUGUCGCUAGCUUAUUUUGGCCUUCGGCAGACGCCUUGGACCUUAUUAGUGCUCAUAUUUUUCAUCGAAAGCGUGAUGGGGAACUACGCGAAGUCCUUCUACAUACAUUGGAACACAACAAAUAGUAUAUUCCGAAUAGACAACACCGAUCACGUAUUCGAUCUCAAUAAAGGCAAUGCCCAGUUCGAGUACGACCAAGUGAAUAUAAUAUGUCCAGUGUACGCUCCAGGGACGUUUGAGGAGGACACGGAGAAGUACAUAAUAUACAACGUUAGCAAAGAGGAGUACGAUACGUGUAGGAUAACGAAUCCGAACCCCCGUAUAAUAGCGAUAUGUGAUAAGCCUCAUAAGUUGAUGUUCUUCACAAUAACGUUCCGACCGUUCACGCCGCAGCCUGGUGGGUUGGAGUUCCUUCCAGGGAAGGAUUAUUACUUCAUAUCCACGUCGAGUAAGGACGAUUUGCACCGGCGUAUCGGAGGCCGUUGUCUGACGCACAACAUGAAACUGGUCUUUCGUGUGUGCUGCAAGGCGGAGGACCAGUCUCCGGCGCCGCCGCCGCAGCCGACCUUACCGCCGCCGCCGCCGCCUCCGUCACCAUCAACCAGCACUACAACCUCGACGACAACGCCGAAGCCGGUCACGAAGAAGACGCACAAAUACGACAAGACCCAGAACGAGGUCGUCAAAAGCGAGGAGCUGUCUUACUCCCGCGGGGCGGCGCUGGCGUCGUCUCUGGCUCUUGCUUUGGCAGCGUCGGCGGUGUUGGCGCCGCUGGCUCGGUGAAUGUGCGCCCGGGCGGCCCGACCUGCGCGCCCCGAUCUCCUCGCCAAGCCGUGUCCUGCCCACAACACGCAGACCCUGCAGUCUCUCCACCUUCGGCCAGACACUCUAGUGUUCACGUGAAUGUGCUGUGUUACAUUGUGGAUGUUGUAAGUAUAGGUCCACUAAGACUGACUUGUGACGGACGAUCCUAUCGCAAAGUUCCGAAUAGCAUAAGGACUGGAGAGCCUAAUUUUUACUAUUGUAACUAUUAUAAUAUUUGGCCUACUGAGUAAUCGAAAUAUUAAUAUACAACGGUGAAAUUGUGACACUGCGGUAGUUACGACGUUUAAAUCUAUAUAUAUAUAAAGAAUGUUAACAUGUAUGAUAAUAUAGGUUUCUUAAACCACUAGGAAUUAAACAAUUUUUAUAUUUUCAUUAAUGCAAUGAUGAAUAUUUGAUUAAGACUUAGGAUUCACGACGAAUCAGUACAGAAUUAAUUUAGGGGAAAAAUCUAUAUAGAACGGAAAAUUUAGGUAGCUUUUAAUUUAGUUCAAAAGACAUUAUAAUUUUUUUUCCCUACGACUUAUAAUUAAUUUAUGUAAAAAUUAACCUGGACAGGUUAUGAAUAAGUCCAGAGAAACUGUGAUUUUUGGUUUAUUUAGAAUGUAAAUUUUUCUUUAUGCUUUUAUUAUGUGAUAUAAAACUUUAUGUAUAAAACGAAUAUUAUUUCACUUAUUCAUUUACCGACUGAUUUAUGCAUUUCUGCUUUUUCUUAUUAUUUAUAUUCGACGAAAUAUAAUACAUCCAUUAUCUUGGGAAAAAUGACUUGUAUAAGUUUAACGUUGGAAAUAUCAAUUUCUCUGAUAAUGGCAUGUAUUUACUUUGUCCCAAGUAUAAUGUUACUAAAAGCCUUCUUUGAAGUGUUUUACAAGUACUUACUAAGUACAAGUACAAGUACUUACUUAUAAUUGAACUACGAAGUAUAUUACAAGUUCUUUUAAGAGCCAUACACUGACAGCCUAAGCACUGAAUGUGCCAUUUUUAAUUGUGUGAACCAUAAUGCAUUAUAAUUAAAUAGUCAAAUAGCUAAAUGUAGUUAAAUAGACCGGUUUUCAGUUAGCCAUACGCAUUAAGACAGUUGCUAUAUUUUAGGUAGUGCUAAGAAACGUUUGGGUGACAAGUUGUGUUAUAAUCAAAAUAUCUAAAGAUGGUGAUCACAAAAUGAGAAAUGUCAAAGCUAUGACAAGAAAAGUAACUCUAAUUAUUCAGAUACUAGAUCCAAAUAGUUUAUGAAAGUUAAAGGGCUAUCCAUAGGCAAAUCUUUUCAAUUCUGAAUUAAACUGGACAUCAAAGUCGUCUGUGUAAAUAAAAUACAAAUGGAAUCUAAUGUCAUUUACAAUGUUAUUUUUAUCAGAGAUGAGAAUAAAUAAAUACCCUCUGAUAGAUAGAAGGGCUUGUUCCCACGGAGAUCCCGUUUUUUGCAGGAUUCGUUUAAUAGUAAUACGUUUUAUAAUAAUAACUUGCACACGAAUAAUAUAUCUCAUUUGCAAUCUCCUGCAAAAAUCGAUCCUUUCGAAUUUGGAAUACUUUCAAACACUCUCUUUGAAAGUUGUGUUCACACGACAGUCCAGUUUUCAGAUCCAGCAUUACUGGACCCUGCAAAACAGGAUUUCUAUGGGAACAAGCCCUAAAGUUUGUAAACAUGGAGUCAUCAACCAAUGCGAAAAAUCUUAAAUCAAAAUGCCAUCUGAGCUAAACAAUUAUCUUGAUAAAGACAAUUAGCCGGCCACAAUUGCGUGAUUCAUAGCGAUACUUAAUACGGAAUAACGCCCAUUAAUUUGGAAUAAUAAAACCAACACUUGCUUGAAACAUUUAUGCCCGUAUUCACAAACAUUACUAUGAGGUCUCACAGUGCGCGUGAACGCACAGGGUGACACACGAACAAAUCACAGAGCUCUAUUCAACGCUGUGCGUUCGAUUUGCUGCUUCACUUAAGCAAGUAUUAUUUGUGAAUACAGGCGUUAUUCACUAUGAACUUCAUUAUUAAGACAUGUAUGUUGAGAGAAUUCUUUAUCUAUAACAAAAUAUCGAAAGUCUAACAAAAAUACGGAUUACAGUAAGAGUUACGGUUAAAUUUAAUGAUAAAGAUGAUGCAACUAAGGCUUUAGCAUUAGUCAAUACCUACAAGCCUGUUUUUGAGAUAAAUGUUCUUUGUCAAUAUUGCGAAAGUUUUCUCCAUGAAUCUCAUUAUUUUAGAAAUAUGCAUUUGAGAGCAUCCUAAUUGGUCAAUUUCUCUAGUGUUCUCUAGCAAUGACUGUACUAUGAUCUACUUAAAAUCAUUGAUGAAGAAUGUUCCAUUUUUGGUGGACUGCUGCCAUAUUGGAACCCACUACUGCCAUUUCUAACCUGUGACAUCCAACCUUUCCUUGUCUGUUUACCUAGUUUUAGCUCUGUCGCCGUCUCUCAUGCUGGCAUCUUGCUUUGCGUGAGAGAGACGACAGUAUUCGAAACUUCGGAUAACGUUCGGAGUAGCCCCAUUCGUAGUUCAUGUGUCUCCUUUUAUGGCCUUCGAUCUUUCUCUUUUCCUCCAUUAACCAUCAAGUGUAUCUACUAAAUUUAUGGCUGUGUACCUCGGUAAACAUGAUUUGUUGGGAAAUAAAUCAUUUGAGGUUGAUCAGAUAAAAAACAGGUAUUUACCAUACCUGGAUAUUUUUGCAGUAUUUAUUUUGGAACCGCCAUGAACAAACCAUUUAGAAAUCUGUAGUAACUAAAACCCGUAUUCACAAGUAAUUACCAUGAGGUCUCACAGUGCGCGUGGACACACAGGCUACUACUAGACCAAUCACAGAGCUCUAUUCAACGCUGUGCGUUCGAUUUGCUGCUUCGCUUAAGCAAGCAUCCUUUGUCAAUACGGACGUAAUUCUGACUAAAAUUUAACAAUAACCUUGUUCUUGCAGUAGAUGCCUAGAAGCAAAAGAACAAUGACACUUCAGUCAAAAAUGUCACUAUCUAAACGUCAAAAUGGGUGCAGUUGGUCAUAAACAAAACAACAACGAAAGCUGAUAACGAAAUAAAAGACAUAAAUGGACUACUGAUUGUUGCAUUGAAACCAUUGUCAGUUACGACUAGAACCAUUAAAAUCCGACCUUUUGUUUGAACAGCAUUUGUGAUCUAAAAAAAGACAAGAUCAAAAUCUCGUAAAAUGGAAAGAAGUUUGACAGACGCGUCCCAAAAUAAACAAGUUAAAAACAUCAGUAACUUUAUUGGACUCUACAAAAGGAAAACAAGUGAAUCAGAUAAACAAUACUGACAAACAUAGUCGGGUUUAAUGCUAUGUUUUAUAAACAGAACUUACUAACGCUGACACCUUUUAUGCUGGGUCGCUUACCUCUAGUGUCUGACGAAUGGGUAUCAAUUUUUGGUAUCAGAUCAAAGUUAGACACUUUAGCUU